GAGUUCUGAUUGGCCACGGCAGUAGAACCGGCCCUCAGCGGACGCAUGGGAAAUCCUGUUUGAAAAAACUGACGGAGAAAAAGAACCGAACGAAAUUUAAACCGAUUUAGGUUUAACAGGUUAGUUAACAGGUUAGUUAACAGGUUAGCGAUGUUUACACCAGAUUGAUUUAACCUGGUUCAACUACAUCUGGUUAAAGUGAACUAAUCCUGGGUCAAUGAAUCAGUGUUAAACGCUGAUGAAGCUGGUGAAGAUGGUUAACAUGUUGGUUUCAACAGGUUGUUAUUACAUCAGUGAACUGUGAUGGACGUUGAGAUCGUGGAGUUCGUGGUUCCUGUGGAGAACAAUAAGACUCUGUUUGUCUGGAACAUUCAGUCACUUCUCACUGAGGCUCAGAUCUAUGACAGAUUGUUUGGUGUCUUCUCGUCUUUUGGUCCUCUCUACCUGUUGAGGGUGCGUCCUAACGCUCCCCUCCAACCCUCCGGUUUCUCUGCCAUCGUCAAGUUUUUCUCGGCUUCUCAUUCGUCGAAGGCUCAACGACAGACUGAUGGACGCUUGCUGUUCCAGGAUGUCCCACUCAAGGUGAGGUUGAGCUCCAAACACACCCCUCACUUCCUGUCUGACAGCAGCAGACCUUUGAGCCACGCCCGCUGCCUGGAACUGGCCAAUCACUGCCUGGGAUUCAAUGGCUGGACCUAUGAUAUCAUCACAUUGAAGGAGCUGAGCGAUGAAGGAGAGGAGGAUGGAGGAGGUGGUGAGGAGGGUGGAGUGAGGAGGCUGAGGUUUGGCUGCCUGCUGCAGCUCAACUUCCCCCGUCACAGACAGACAACCAGAGGAGCAGCCGUGGUCAACGACAGCUUCACCUGCACAGGCCCAGAUGUUUUGCUACACAAACGUUGUAAACUCCAGAAGUUGGUCAGAGACAAAGCUCUGGUUCAGGCCUUCAACACAGUCCUGCUCAUUCUACUGGACAAUGGUAAAGUGAUGGUGGAGGUGAAACAGACGUCUGAUCAGAUUUUACCUGAGAACAUCGAAGGAGUCGUUCAUGUGAAUGAGUUUGAUCUCGAUGAAGAUGAAGAAUGGGAUCUGACUGUAUCUUAGACUCCAAGAGGAUUCUGGGUAGUGGUGCAUUAUGGGAAACAUUACAGCAUCACAUAAAGAUUUAAUUAAUUCAAUAAAUCAAUGUUGUCACUGUAAAUCAUAAAAACACGAGAUAGUGAAAAGUUGACUACAGAUAAAAUUAUUACACACAUAAACAUGUAAACCAUGUCCUGCUGCCCCCCUGUGGUUAUUAAAGGAACGUACCACUGCA